GGUAGUUUUGCUUUUAUGGCAUUCGUAGCUCACAGAGCAGGACAGUGUGGAAUGGAGGACAGCACGUCAACACUAAUAGUAGUACUCCCGUAUCAUGUUUAUGCUUAUGAGCUCUGUAUUGUAAGGCCUUUCACGGUGCAAACACUUACUGUGAGUUAUCACGAGAUGAUAGCUAGGAUGAAGACCCUCUCUUCACAGUGCAAGUAUCGUGUGUGGGACUCAGAAAUAUCUGCUAGUGGGAUCCAUAAACUCCCAAGUCCCAACUCCCCACCGGCUCCUCCUCCCUCGUCACGCAAUCCCCAAAUCCACUCCUCCCUGCCGGCUCUCCCCUCCUCCCUUCGCUGACGCCGACUCCCCUCCUCCCUCCGCCGGCGCCGGCUCUCCUCUCCUCCGGGCGGUGGCUCCCCUCCUCCCUCCGCCAGCGCCAGUGCCGGCUCUCCUCUCCUCCGGGCGUCGUCCUCGAAGAAGCGACGGCAGCGUCCUCUGAGCCGUGCGGUGGCGUCGUCCUCGGGGCCGAGCUACGACGGCGCCCUCGAAGACGGCGGUGGCGGCGCGGAUCUGGAGCGCGGAGGACGGUGCAAGCGCGGGACGGCGGCGGCGGCGCGGAUCUGGGCUCCUCCUCUCUCGGCCGGCGACGAGGAGACGAAGCCGCUCGUGGUCGUUGUCCUCCUCGCUUUGUCUCCACUUUCCGCCGCCGGCGGCGAGGAGAGAAGGACGGCGGCGGCGCCCUCGGCGACGGUCCUCGGCGACGUCUCAUCUCCUCGCAAAGUGGGCCCCGCGCCUGACUUUUUAAGCGAGGUUGCUCGUUCCUCUCCUGGGAUGCGAAGAACCCAGUGUAGCUAUGGGCCCUACCAACUUUUUUCGCCACAUAGACUAGGUAACACACCACGUAGGACUAGGUAACUCCCACUGUGAAAGGCCUAAGCACUACAACAUUUUGACAUGGACUCCACCGUUUCUACAUAAAUAAACAUUCCCAAUACUGAAUGCACAUUUGGGCGUGUUUGGUUGCCUGGCUUGUCCCUAGCUCGCAUCUCGGAUGCAACCUGUAGACUGUUUGGUUGACUGCACGUGUCCCACAGCCAGGCCCAACAGAUGCAAAAAGUCUCUCGCAGCCAUGCUGAGCAGGAACGACCGAAUUGAGCUUCGUUGCUCAUCCUGGCUCCACGCAUGCAGCGGCGCCGCACCCGCGCGUGCAGGGAGAGCCGGAGAGACGAUGGGGUCCCUGACACCACCCUACCUUCUUCCUCAUUUCUUCUAUCUUCUCUUCUCUUCGCUAUCGUCGGUCAUGGCCACCAGCGACGACCAUCUCCAUCUCCGUCGGCCAGAUCAGGCUAGCUGCAAGUCCUGCUCCUCCCUCUCUUCUUCAGCAAGGGGUCGCCAAGAGCUCUCCGCCGGCGGAUCCGGAGGGCAUGAGCUCGCCACUGCCAGAUCUACCUGCACAGAGAUGUCGAAGCAUGAGCUUGGCUUGAGCUCGUCGCCGUCGCCAGCGGCACCACCUUCCUCGCCGGCUUGAGCUCGUCGCUGCGCGGACACCCUCGCCGCCACGGACAGCUACCUCAAAUCCAUCUCCUACUCACCUUUUUUUUUUCGCCAAAUUCAGAGGUUAGAAGCUCGGGCCUGCCAGAUCCGAGUAGCCACAACACCCUCCCGGCCGCUGGACUCGCUGCACCGACGGCGGCGAACAUGCCUAGCUGGGUGGCACGAGCGGCUAGGUACCGGCGGCGGCAAGUUCCUCUGCGAGCUCUGUUCUCCUUUUUUUUUUUCUUUCUUUCUUUUUUCCACCGAAUGUCAUUAACCACUGAUAAAUAUGGUUUAUGUACUUCUAUGCAACUGUAUAUGCUCAUCCGAUACUGUUUUCAAUUAUUGUUGUUAGGAGCUCCGAAAUCAAUGCUUUGUAUAUUUUGCAUGUACUAUUAAAUCUGAUAUAUAUACCAUAAAUAAAUACGCUUUUAUUUCGACGGUAAGAAUUCUCACUAUUAAUUCUAAGUGAGGUGAUCUCUCCUUCAAAGAAAGAAAAUACUCAUACCUACUAUCUAUACCACCAACCAAACAAAAUCUAUUUCAAACCGUAUCUUUGGUGCAAGCAACCAAACAGAAUCUCACGCUAAACGGUUGCAUAUGUAUCUAUCUAGCCAGGCCAAACUCAGCCUUGAUGAAAGAGAUGGGCUAGACUAAAACAAUGCAAGCAACCAAACACACCCAAAAUCUAGCGCGUAGCAACCUACCAACAGUGACAACAGAAGAGAAACUGGAGCUUGAUUCCUUCCAAGCAAACCAAACCCCUUUCUAUCUCAAAAGCCGCUCCCACGAAUUCCAGGGAUCAGCAACCCAAACGGCUCACUCCCCAACCGGCCAAACCCCAAGAGAACCCAGCCGGCCUCCACCACACCACACACCACCACCCUCGGACACAAGAACCGCACGCGCGGCCGGCCACCGUCGAUGCCCCCUCGCCACUGCCGCCGCUAGCCGACGAACCAGCAUAUCUUCGCCGACCUCGACCUCCAUGGACCGGGCCUCCGAGGAGCUGGAGCGCCGCAGCCGCUACCUCAGUUCGCUCGUCCGCCGCACCAAGCUCGCCGACCCGCCCGAGCCGGAGCCGGAGCCUGAGCCGGAGCCGGAGAGGGAGAGGGAGAGGGAGGUGGCGGCGAAGGAGAGCGGUGGCGGUGAGGGGAAGGGCGGUAAGGUGGUGGAGGAGAAGGAGGUGAAGGCGGCGAAGGAGAAGAAGGAGAAGGAGAAGGAGGCGAAGGUGCCGAGGGGGGAGGGGGGGAAUGGGGAGGAGAAGAAGGUGGCGGUGCGCGUGCGGGCGGCGGACAUGCCGCCGGCGCUGCAGCGCCGCGCGAUCCGGGUCGCCCUGGAGGCCACCGCCGCCAUGCCGCGGAUCGACAGCAAGCGCCUCGCGCUCGCGCUGAAGAAGGAAUUUGAUACAACAUAUGGGCCUGCUUGGCACUGCAUUGUCGGCACAAGCUUCGGUUCCUACGUUACUCACUCCUUGGGAGGUUUCUUGUACUUCUCUGUUGACAAGUUAUACAUUCUUCUCUUCAGAACAGCUGUUGAGCCACUAAGCUACCAACGAUAAUGUGCGAUAUCUCUAUCUACUGAAACAAAAGUGUAGAUUCGAUGCAAUUUGUAAUUUUGAACUGAAGUUGUAUUAGAUGCUCAACGAGUAGUAAGCUUGGGUAGAGGUAAAUGGCCACUUCUCUACAUGCUAAUGCUAAAUUGUAAGACAGCUAAGCUUAUGUAACUGCCAUGUACCACGUGAGCUCCUGCUGUGUAAGCUCGCUUUUGACUUGCAAAGCUGUAGCUUAACUGAAGUUUCCAAA